UUUUCAUGCUCUUGAGACUGCACAGAAACAGUACAGUUUGGUGGAGGUAUGACAUUAACCAGGGGCUCCUUCACUUAUUCCAGCGGAGAAGAAUAUACUGGAGAAUGGAAGGAAGGUCGGAGGCACGGUAAAGGUGAGCUGAAGUUUGCUGAUGGCACCUGUUAUAAAGGUCACUUUGAGAAUGGCCUGUUCCACGGAUCAGGGGUGUUAGUCUUUCCCGAUGGAUCCAGGUACGAGGGUGAAUUUGCCCAGGGAAAAUUCCAAGGGGUCGGAAUCUUCAGCAGGUUUGACGGGAUGAAAUUUGAAGGGGAAUUCAAAAGUGGCCGUGUGGAAGGAUAUGGGCUGCUGACAUUUCCAGAUGGUUCCCAUGGUGCUCCGCGGAAUGAGGGAGUGUUUGAGAACAACAAGCUUCUGAAACGUGAAAAGUGUCAGGCUGUGGUGCAGAGAGCCAAGAACUCCGCAUCCACUGCCCGCGGCUUCUCUGUAUGACAAACUGACCUCAGUGAAAGCACCCCUAACUGCAGCUUUCAGAUCAGGCCCCCAAAUACGUUACGGAUUGCAGUGUCACAAAUGAAGUCUAAGCUGACUCUGGAUCUGCGCUCAGGGGUUGAU